AUGCCGGCGGAACCGGAGCACGAAGACGCCGCACGUGUCGAUGCCGGCGGUGCAAUCGCCAGUCGAUUGGUGAAGAAGGUCAAGAUCUCUUCGGAUGUGGCGGACGGCGACAGUAGCCCGCGUGCUCGUCUGGAGCACCCGCUGGGCGUGAAGCCCAUUGGCAACUACUUCGAGGACGCGGUGAACGGCAUCGUGGAGUGCCGUGCGUCGGGUCUGGGUCGCCUUGCAAUGCUGGAGGACAGCCAGCUGCUGUCACUGCUAAACUACUUCUCGGCCACGGACCUGGCCAAGCUGGCGGCCUGCAGCCGCGCCGGCUACGUGUACGGCACGCACGACGAGCUGUGGCGAGUGCUGGUGCUCGAAGAGAUGCACGGAAACUUCGAGCCGAAGCCAACGUGGAAAGCCACGUAUCUGAAGACCAAGUACGGAGACAAGACGAAGGUCGGGGAGCCUAUUCGGGUGCAGGGCGUGUACUCCGACCUGUUGUUCCAGUCGUUCUACUGCGCGGUAGCACCGAUUGAAGACGCGUGGCUAGCGGUGGAGAACAUCGAACGUCGCAGCGCCAAGGACAUGACGGUUGCCGAUUUUAAGAGGGAUUUUGAAGGACCCAAUGUGCCUGUGAUUAUUACGGACGCUAUCGACGACUGGGCCGCGAUGGACAAGUGGACAGAUGAGUACUUGGGCGAAGUCUGCAAGGGCAAGACGUUUUACACCGGUGGGUUCCAGUUCGCUAUGGAUAAAUAUUUCAAGUAUUCGCGCACUUUGCUGGACGAUCAGCCGCUGUUCGUGUUCGACAAGGAGUUUGCUGCGAAGGUGCCCCAGCUGGCUGCGGACUACACUGUGCCUGAGUACUUCCAGGAGGACUACUUCUCUCUUCUUGGGGAAGACAAACGACCGGACUAUCGCUGGCUCAUCAUCGGCCCCAAGAAGUCAGGCUCCAGCUUCCACAUCGACCCGAACGCUACGAACGCCUGGAACGGCGUGAUCCGUGGCUCCAAGAAGUGGAUCAUGUUCCCUCCUGGCCAAGUGCCUCCUGGAAUCCACCCCAGCGAGGACGGCAGCGAGGUCUCCUCGCCCGUGUCGCUCAUGGAGUGGUUUGUUACCUUCUACAAACAAGUGCAGAAACUACCAUCUCACCUGAAGCCGCUGGAGGGCAUCUGCCGCGAAGGCGAGACCAUGUUCGUGCCCCACGGCUGGUGGCACACGGUGCUCAACCUCGACGAGUGCAUCGCUAUGACUCAGAACUUCGUGAGCUCCGGCAACGUGAAGAGCGUGCUGGAGUUCCUGACGGAGAAGCCGGAGCAGGUUUCCGGCUGCCCGAUAGAGCAGCGCCCCAAGCUCGGCGGCAUGUUCCGUGACGUGAUGGCCAAGAACGCUCCGGAGCUGUACGCCAAGGUGGACAAGGAGCUGAAGGAGGAUUACGAACGCAAGCACCGGAAAACCAAGUGGGAGAUGCUUAUUUCCGGAGAGGACUCGUCUCCGGCUUCCUCCAGUGACCCUGCAGCAGCAACCAGCAGCGGCAGCGCCAGCACCUUCGGCUUCGGCUUCAACUUUGACUAA